UGAUACGUACGCGCUCAACAGAAGCUAGCUCUCUCUUUCUUUCUUCUCCGAGGACUUUUUUUACCGACCAGCUUUCUCUUCUUCAUUACGGCAUUACUCACCUAUAAAUUCGUCACUGGGUUUUUAUUUUCUCAGAACAUUUUGCUCCGAAAUCCCUAAAAGAUACUCUUUUGAUUCUCCAUAUUCUUUUUGCGAUUUCCUUAUUCGAUUUCUUUUCAGAUUUAGCUGAAUCGGUUUAGAAUCAGGGUUUCCUAGUGUUUGUCUUUUCUCGAUAUCUGCGAAGAUAAUAGUCAAAAGUCAUUGAUUUUCUUUUUAAAGCUUUGAUUUUUCGUUGACCAUCCCAGAUUUUCGGACACAAGCAGGGUUUUAGGAUCGUGGGUUAUUUAGGGAUGGAAGAGGAUUACCAAACGCCGCGGUUUACGAUCGGUCGACAAUCGUCGAUGGCGCCGGAGAAGAUUCCGGAGCCGUCGAUUCACUCGGAAGAGGAGGUGUUGGAAGAUGGAGAGGAGAUCGACGGUGGUGUGAGGCUUAUGUAUUUGUCAAAUGAAGGGGACAUUGAAGGGAUUAAGGAGCUUCUUGAUUCCGGGAUCGAUGCUAACUACAGAGACAUUGAUGAUCGGACUGCUCUCCACGUGGCGUCCUGUCAGGGGUUGAAAGAUGUCGUCGAGCUUCUCCUUGAUCGGAAAGCCGAAGUUGAUCCUAAAGAUCGAUGGGGAAGCACGCCUCUUGCAGAUGCUAUAUUUUACAAGAACAUUGAUGUCAUCAAGAUUCUUGAAACACAUGGAGCUAAACAUCCGAUGGCUCCAAUGCACGUGAAGACUGCUCGUGAAGUCCCUGAAUACGAAAUCAAUCCUAGUGAGCUUGAUUUCACUCAGAGCAAAGAGAUAUCCAAAGGAACUUACUGUAUGGCGAUGUGGCGUGGCAUUCAAGUUGCGGUGAAAAAGCUCGAUGAUGAAGUUCUGAGCGAUGAUGAUCAAGUGAGGAAAUUUCACGAUGAGCUUGCAUUGCUCCAGAGGCUUAGGCAUCCAAACAUUGUGCAGUUUCUUGGUGCUGUAACUCAAACUAACCCAAUGAUGAUUGUAACUGAAUACUUGCCAAGGGGGGAUUUGCGUGAACUGCUCAAUAGGAAAGGACAGUUAAAACCAGCUACUGCUGUUAGAUACGCACUUGAUAUUGCAAGGGGAAUGAGCUAUCUUCAUGAGAUCAAAGGAGAUCCUAUAAUCCACCGUGAUCUUGAACCUUCAAACAUAUUGCGGGAUGAUUCAGGGCAUCUGAAAGUUGCAGACUUUGGUGUAAGCAAGCUUGUUACUGUUAAAGAAGACAAGCCUUUCACAUGUCAAGACACUUCUUGUCGAUAUAUUGCUCCUGAGGUUUUCACCAGCGAAGAGUACGAUACAAAAGCUGAUGUUUUCUCGUUUGCUUUGAUCGUUCAAGAGAUGAUCGAAGGACGAAAACCCUUUGCUGAAAAGGAAGACAGUGAAGCUUCAGAAGCUUAUGCUUGCAAAGAGCGGCCAUCUUUUAAAGCUCCAUCUAAGCAUUACCCUCAUGGACUUAAAACGUGAGUUCUCUAUAGUCUAUACCAUUAAACUGAGAAAGACAGGUUUUGCAUCAUUGAUUGGUUUGGUUCAUGUCAUUAACCGGGUUGGGUUCGAUCCGGUUUUGUGUAUCCCACAGGUUGAUAGAAGAAUGCUGGCUCGAUAAACCCGCUAAGCGACCGACUUUCAGAGAGAUCAUUAAACGGCUUGAGUCCAUUCUUCACCAUAUGGGCCACAAGCGACAAUGGAGGGUCUCUCUCUCUCUCUCUUGCACACACUGAUCAUUGAGUUUGUUUGUUUUUUGGCUUCUGGAUUAUGUUAACUCUGUGACUCUGUCUCUCUAAUCUAUUUCUUCUUCCACAUGUUUCUAUCAGAUGAGGCCAUUGACAUGCUUUCAGAAUUUCGAGCACAAGAAGAAACAUAAUUGGGAUUUGAGCAGCCAUGACGGCUCAUCAUCGGGUUCGCAUUUGUGAUUCUUUAACCGGUUAAAGAAAUAAUUCUUUUGUACACCUUCCGGUUUAGUUUGGUUUUCCCCCUAAAAAGGAGAAUUUUUUACUUUGUAAUUUGUAAUUUUGUUCACACCGAAGAAAUUCUUUGUGUGGACAAAAGCUGCAUUUUAUUGUAGUAUCAAAAUUUGUUGUAACAUCUAUGAUUUUAACUUCAACAUAUAUUUGCUGUUGUAACAUAUUUUUGGUGUAAAAUCUAUGAUUCUACCUCAAAGUAUGGUCCCAUAUUUCGAAAUGUAAGAAAGUUAUGAACAAAAUAUAAGUAAUCAAAUGAAAUCAUGAUCAAAGAAAAACAAAUGUUAUUGCUUAU